UGACAUCUUUUGGGGGUGAUACAACAUGUGAUUGAAUCUAUCGAAAAAAUACAGUAGGAAUGUCCUGGUUCUAGAUAUCCAAAAACAGCAAUAGGACAGUUGGAUGUAUGACUUGAUAUCUCUUUCAUUUGUUUCCUUAAAAUAUUAAAUUGAAAUCUUCCCACUAAUUAAAAUUUUCAGUAAUUAAGGAAAGAAAUAACAGAUAGGAUCAAGCUAAUCCUUAGAAAAUAAAUCAAACAAAAUGGGAAACAAAUCAAGCAAAUAAAUCAUAAAACCAAGCAACCAAUGAGGAAGCAACAAAUAAACAAAGAGAGGAUAAAAAAAGAAAAAAAAAAAAAACAAACAAAAUCAGCAUGCCACCUAAUCCUUGCUUCACCAUCAAUAUAAACCCCUUCAUUAUUUUCAUUUACAAUCACAAAAACUAUAUUCAUUUCAUCAUUUCUCAAAGGUGUUGAAAAAGGUUAUAGAAAGAUGGACUUUAACUUUGUUUCCAAGGUGGCAAUCUUCAUUAUGGGGUUAUUAUGGGUACUAAAUUUGGUGCUAAGAAAAGUUCAUGGUUGGGUGCAUGAAUCAAAACUUGGGAAUAAGAGGUAUAGUUUGCCACCAGGUGACUUUGGCUUGCCUAUCAUAGGCAACAUGUGGGCUUUCCUAGCCGCUUUUAAGUCUUCUAAUCCAGACUCCUUUCUCAACUCCUUUUUUACCAGAUUUGGCAAAACAGGAAUUUACAAAGCAUUCAUGUUUGGUAGUCCAAGCAUAAUUGUUACAACACCUGAGAUAUGCAGGAAAGUCUUGAAUGAUGAUGAGCAUUUCAAGCCUGGCUGGCCACUUUCAACGACCGAGUUGAUCGGUAGGAAGUCCUUUAUUGCUAUCCCCUUCGAAGAACACAAGCGUCUUAGAAAAUUAACCGCGGCUCCUAUCAAUGGACAUGAAGCACUAUCAAACUACAUAGAGUACAUAGAAGAUAUCUCAAUAGCUACUUUGGAUAAGUUGAGUAAAAUGGGAGAAAUCGAGUUUCUCACUCAACUUCGUAAGCUAACUUUUCGUAUCAUCAUGUACAUCUUUUUGAGUUCCGAAAGUGAGCCUAUCUUGGAGGCUUUAGAAAAGGAGUACACAACGCUUAAUCAUGGUGUAAGAGCAAUGGCCAUUAAUAUCCCUGGAUUUGCAUACCAUAAGGCACUUAAGGCGCGGAAGAACCUUGUGGCAGUGUUUCAAGCUACAAUAGAUGAACGAAGGGCGCUUAAGAGAGAUGGUGUUGCUACCAAAGCCAAGAGAGAUAUGAUGGAUGAUUUACUUGAAGUUGAAGAUGAAAAUGGGAGAAAGUUGACUAAUGAAGAGAUUACAGAUCUAUUAAUCAUGUAUUUAAAUGCAGGACAUGAAUCAUCUGCUCAUACCAUUAUGUGGGCUACUGUCUUAUUACAGCAAAACCCUGAAUAUUUACAGAAAGCCAAGGCAGAGCAAGAAGAGAUUAUAAAGAAUAGACCUGCAGGACAGAAAGGACUGACUCUGAAAGAAACUAGAAAAAUGACUUAUUUGUCUCAGGUCGUAGAUGAAACGCUUAGGUGGGUGACGUUCUCAUUCGUAGUUUUUCGUGAGGCGAUAUCAGACUUCAAGAUAAAUGGCUAUACUAUUCCUAAAGGAUGGAAAGUGUUGACAUGGUUUAGGACUUGCCAUUUAGAUCCCAAAGUUUGGCCCGAGCCUAUGAGGUUCAAUCCCUCCAGAUGGGAUGACCUUGCUCCAAAAGCAGGGACUUUCCUUCCCUUUGGUGCUGGGAGUAGGCUAUGUCCUGGAAACGAUCUCGCCAAACUCGAAAUUUCAAUAUUUCUCCAUCAUUUUCUCCUUAAUUACAGGUUGGAAAGGACUAAUCCAGAGUGCCCGGUGCAGUUCUUGCCUCAUAGAAGACCAAAGGAUGCCUGCUUAGCUAGAGUCAAAAAGAUAUGAGCUGCUUUCAUUUAAGUUAUGUACAAAAUAAAGCAAGGAGUUGUAACAUUUAUUUAAGACUGAUGUUUAAGCUAAAACCUAUUAAGUACUGUUUUAUUAUUCGGAUUUGGUAAUGAAUUCAUGUUUUGAACAAUUUGGUUGGAGUAAUAAUAUGCAUUUAUGGGCUA